CCGCCCUCCGGCAGCCAGAGUCGGCGGAGCACCGGCGGUCCGAGCCGCCCGCCGCAAUGAAGGGCCGGCGGCGGUGGCGGGGCGAACACCGUCGCUUCGCCGCGGUGCUGGUGCUGUACACGCUGCUGCUGCUCCUGCUGGUGCCCUAUGCGCUGGACUACGGGGCCAGGCGCGGGCGGGCGGACGAGGAGCCGCUGCUGCGGCGCUGCCCCAGCCUGGAGGAGGCGCUGAGCGAGUGGGGCUGGGAACAGCGGCCGCCGCUGGACGAAGAAGAGGAGGAGGAGGAGGAGGCGGGCACGGCCGGGGCUGCGGGGAACGGCAGCACCGGGGCGGCGGGGAAGCGGCACAUCUACCUACACGCUACCUGGCGCACGGGCUCCUCCUUCCUGGGGGAGCUCUUCAACCAGCACCCCGACGUCUUCUACCUCUACGAACCCAUGUGGCACCUGUGGCAGGCGCUCUACCCGGGGGACGCGCUGAGCCUGCAGGGCGCCCUCCGCGACAUGCUGCGCGCCCUCUUCCGAUGCGACUUCUCCGUCCUGCGCCUCUACGCCGCCCCGCCCGCCCCCCGCGAUCCGCUGGCCGCCGCCCCGCCCGCCGCCGACAACCUCACCACGGCCAGCAUCUUCGGCUGGCGGACCAACAAGGUGAUCUGCUCGCCGCCGCUCUGUCCCGCCGCCCCUCGGACCCGCGGGGAAAUCGGCCUCGUCGACGGCGCCGCCUGCGAGGAGAAGUGCCCGCCGCGGGCACUGCGGGAGCUGGAGGCCGAGUGCCGCAAGUACCCGGUGGUGGUCAUCAAGGACGUGCGGCUGCUGGAGCUGGGCGCGCUGCUGCCGCUGCUGCGGGAGCCGGGCCUCAACUUGCGGGUGGUGCAGCUUUUCCGCGACCCCCGCGCCGUCCACAACUCCCGCCUGAAGGCGCGGCAGGCGCUGCUGCGGGAGAGCGUCCAGGUGCUGCGGAGCCGCCACCGCGCCGAGCCGCGGGGGUCGCCCCGCCACCAGCAGCAGCAUCUCCUGCUGCCGCCCGGGCUGCUGGGCGGCGGGCGGGCGUCGCAGCCGCAGCACCGCGCCGAGUUCUUCCUCGGCGGCGCGCUGGAGGUGAUCUGCCAGGCUUGGCUCCGCGACCUGCUCCUGGCCCGCCGCGCCCCAGACUGGCUCCGCCGCCGCUACACGCAGCUGCGCUACGAGGACCUGGUGCGGGAACCCCGCGCCGAGCUGCGCCGCCUGCUGCGCUUCGCCGGGCUUACGGUGCCGCCCGCCCUGGAGGACUUCGUGCUCAACAUGACCCGUGGAGCCGCCUACUCCUCCGACCGACCGUUCCUCAUCUCCGCCCGCGACGCACGGGAGGCCGUGCACGCUUGGCGGGAGCGCCUCAGCCGCCAGCAGGUGCGGCAGGUGGAGGCGGCGUGUGGCGAGGCCAUGAGCAUCCUCGCCUACCCUCUCAGCAGCGGCGACGCCCGGUAGCGCCCUCGCCCCGCAUCCCGGACGGGCCCGAGGGCAGGCGGGUGCUGUCGGGCAGAGCUGAGCGCGGGGGUUCACUGCUGGCACGGUGGGCGCCCAGUUCGUUGGCUGGGCGCUCCCUAAGGCCAGCCCCGGCUGAGGGACACUUGCCUCGCCUCGGGUGCAGGCAGCGCGGCAGGGUCCAGGCCCCCCGUCCCGCUGUAGUUUCAGUGGGGCUGUGCAGGGCAGGGGGGGAUGAUUUAUUUAAGAGAAGGGUUUGGUAAGAGUGUCCUCCGAGUACGGCAUCAAUCUUGGAGCCAUUUCAACUUGAAGCUGUGAUCGUGUACAAAGCACAGGUGCGCUUCAAAAAACUGCAUCAAAACUUAAAAAUCCCCCGAAUGAAGACUCUCAGCAAGGAACUAAGAGGGCCUGGAGGGUGCUGCUGUGAGAGCACUGCCCUCCCUGAGCGCUGAAGCACGCUCGGCUCUGUCCUUCCGCUACUGAAACACGUACGAGAGGCUUCUGUGAAGUCGCUGCAGCGGUCAGUGGAGGCCUGGGCGGGCAGGAGGGUGCCUGCUCAGGGCAGGACUCGGGUCUUCUGCUCCCAACCUGCUCCAUCCUUUCUGCGGGGACGGUCUCUGCCCCUACAGGUUGCUGGUGCUGUGGGGAGGGGGCGCUUGCUGAGGGACAGAGAACCGUGUCCAACUCUGUCCACCAGCAGAGUAAGCGGUUGUGCAGAGAGGGUAAGCAUUCUCCUGCUUACAUUUUUCGAAGAUGUUUGUGGCAGAAAUCUUUGCUUUUCUGAAGAAAUCUGUAAUUCUUUUGGAAGUAGGAUAUUUUUUAAUAUAUGCUGAUACAGUUUGGUGAUACUUAUGUGAAAUACAGGUGACUAAUAUGUUUCUUUGGGACAUGUAUAGGGUGACUGUAACUGGAAAACAAAAGCUUGAUAUUUCCAUUUUGUUUUCUCAGUCAGAUGAGAGAAUCACUUUUCUUCCCUUGCUUCCGGGCUGACAUAUUGUGCCGUGCACGGGUUCCUCCUGGUCACAUCCCUUCCGAACAAUAACAUCCUUUCAGCUGGCAACGCCUGGACAAAAGCAAAUGUUUCCUAAGAGGCUAAGACAAUCAUGAAGUUCCCGAAUAAAACCUCGUAUUAAAGAAUAAAAGGGAAAAAAGAAAACCCUCAAGUUUUAUUUUAGAUUUUAAAAUUACAUUUUCCUGCAAAUAUCCUCUAGCUUAUAUGAGAAGGGGAGGUGUGUGUGUGUGUAUCUGUGAGUACUUUUGUUUCUUAAUUUCUUAAUGUGGUCACAGAAGGUUCAAUUGUAAUUUAGGGAUGAAGUUUUUAACUUCAUAGAGACUGCUUUUGAGUCCAUUACAGUAUGUCAGUGUUUAAACGGCCCCACGAGAGUGUACAGAAUUAUAGGGAUGUUUACAUGCAGUCCUCAAAUACAACCUGAGAACAUGAACUUCAAAUCGAGGAUGAUCCAGGAUCAGGAAGAAAGCAGUAUUUGUGUAAAGUGCUGGAAAUAAAGGCAGUUCAAAGAUGUUACAUUAUCUUGUAGUAAACAUUUCAGUUGCAUUGUAGUUUUUUGUGCCGUGUUGUGCUGUAAAGCAUGUGAGUGAGUUAGUAUGGACAUUUAUUUUAGCUCUUUUUCUUUCUUGACCUUCCCACUUGAGAAUAUGUUGGCACAAGAAGCAGGUUUCUUUCAUUAUAUAACAGAAAAAUGUACUCAUAAAAAUGUGUUUUAGCAAAUCUAUCCAUUUCCCAGUAGUGUACUUCCCAGUAGUGUUUGAAGUAAAAAUUACAGGGGCUCAUUUUGUGCUGGAACAACCUUGUGUAUUAUCUAAAGGAUAUUUCUGUAUUUUCGAACAGUGCCUGUGACAUCGAAUUUGUCUCUGAGUGUUCUAGUGGCAUUUAAUAAUGGUAUUUGUGUAGAUGGACAAUACCUGUAUUAAUGCCUUGAUAACCUGUGUCAGGUAACCUAUUUUGGAAAGCUUUUCUGAAACUACACCCAUCCUGGCCUGUACUGACAGGUUUGGGAAGAAAAUAAGAUUUUCAUGCAUGCCAAAAGAUGAUACGGUACUUAUUUUCUUACGCUGGAUUUUAAUCUUCGUUUAAUGUAUCUCAUUGAUUUGUUCUUAGCUAGUUGUAGCCACGGAAUUGUAUGAUGCAUCUGCUAAACAUCUGCUUCACCUUGGCAGGGAAUCUCAUUUUGCUGUUUCGGGUGGUAAAUGUCUUUCAUAGAUUUUUAGAAAUCUACACUUAGUUUCACUUACAAUCAUUCAUCAUGAUGAAGAAAGAACUGUGGCCAUCUAGCUUAACUUGAUUCUUAUAGCUGGAAAGAAAUCCACUAAUUAUUUAGUACUUUCUGAAGCAGUUUCCAUAUUUGAACUACAAAGAUGGUGAAGAGUCUAGAGGGGAAGCCACAUGAGGAGUGUCUGAGGCCAGUUGGUUUGAUCAGCCUGGAGAAGAAGAGACUGAGGGGAGACCUCAUAGCAGCUUACAGCUCCCUCACCAGGGGAGGAAGAGGGGAAGAGACUGAUCUCUUCUCUGUGGUGACAAGUUAAAUGACCUGAGGGAACACCAUGAAGCUGUGUCAGGGGAUUUUAGGUUGGAUAUUAGGAAAAGGUUUUUACCCAGAGAGUGGUUGGGCACUAGAGCAGGAUCCCCAGGGAA